AUGAGAUAUCACCUCCUUUUUGCAGCUUUGGCUGCUCCAAUCUCCCUCAUUCUUGCUCAGAAAGCUCCAGACUGCAAUGCCUUCCAGAAAACCUGCGCAUCCAACAGAGGUAACACUGAAGGUCAUAUCACCUAUGAUUUGACACAGGCUUCGCCUUUGAGUGAUUGGACAACGAUUGGCGGAGAGGUAGUCACUGGCUCUAAUGGUGCAGAGUUUACAAUCCGCAAGCAAGGUGAUGCCCCGACUAUUGUCACAGACUACUACAUCUUCUAUGGCGAAGUAUCUGUUGAGAUGAAGGCUUCCCCUGGUACUGGUAUUGUCAGCUCCGUUUACAUGCUGUCGGAUGACAACGAUGAAAUUGGCUGGGAAGCUUUGGGUGGGUUUACCGACAAAAUACAGACAGAUUACUACGGCAAAGGUGACAAUAGUGGAGAGUACAAUCGCUGGACCUGGCAGCCUGUGAUAAACCCACAAGGAGAAAUUCAUAGAUACACUUGGAUCUGGGCCAAGGAGAAACUGUCCUGGGUGAUUGACGGUACCGUUGUUCGAACGGUUGAUUAUGCUGAUACAGAAGGGGGCACUCGCUUCCCACAGACACCGAUGCGUGUGAGAAUUGGUAUCUGGGCAGGGGAUGAUCCAAGCAAAACAGAUCCGAGCAAAAUCAAGGGUGCGAUCGAGUGGGCUGGCGGAAAGACUGAUUAUUCCAAGGCACCUUUCACGAUGUAUGUCAAGUCGGUCGAGAUUGUCAACUACACCCCGGCGGAGAGCUAUGUCUAUUCCGACAGAUCUGGCUCUUCGGACAGCGUUGAGAUACGCGGUGCCAUCUCCUCGGGGGAGACUUCAAGUUUGAUCAGCCCUGGCACCCUUAGCACCGCCGACAUCUCCAUAUCUACUUUUCUCUCUACGGAGUUAUCUUCUUCCAUCUCCAUCUCGGAAUUUUCUGGUGCUACGACAAAUACUUCCAGUCCCACUAGCACCCUCCCCAUGACCUCGUCUGCCGAGUCCAAAAGCACUGUCUUGCAUUCCAACUCUACGUCAGCAAGGAGCUCCAUGACCACACCUGGCUCGACUUCCAAUUCGAGCACCGGUGCUAUUGCCUCGGCCACCAGUUCUUUCAGCUCUGCUUUUGCCCUUGACUCCGGCUUUCCCGCCCUUCUGGCAACAAUCGUCGGAUUUAUCCAGUUGUGGGCUUGA